UUCAUUUCAUUUCUGUUGCCUGACUGAAUGAGAAAAUUGUGGAAAAUAUACCACGUUCGAAAUUGGCAGUAGCAGGAUAAAUUCUGCAAGGCCAAUUGAACAAACUAACAUAACUGAAAAAAGAGUGCCAAAAUUUUCAACCCUUCUUUCAAACUAACCAAGAAAAGAACUUUUGUCCGGAGUUUGAAGCUUCUCAUACAUUUGAGCCUUCUCCUUCUUCUCCUUUUCUUGGAGAAGGCUCUCUGGUUCGGUAGGGUUUUUAAUUCUUCAAAUAUUUGUAUGUGCAUUCAUAGAUAGAACAAAAUUGUAAGUAAUAGUGACAAAUAUUUCUUGAGGGAAAAAACUAAAAGAAGAAGAUGAUUAGGUGCUGGACACCUGCUCUGCAAUUGGCAGAGCUAUUUGUGAGUUCUUUGGUGCAUAUGGGGUAUGGGUUUUACAUAUUUAGCACAGCUGUUGCUGGGGAUGCCUCACAGGCUCUGAGUGAUUUGCUUUUCAAGCCUAAUCUUGAUCCUGCUCCGAAAAAAGAGGGAUCAAAUGAAACCCCCAAUGCUGAUGGCCUUCCUCCCAUUGUCUUGGUUCAUGGAAUUUUUGGCUUUGGCAAAGGGAGACUGGGAGGGCUAUCUUAUUUUGGUGGGGCAGAGAAGAAAGAUGAGAGGGUUCUUGUGCCUGAUUUAGGCUCAUUGACAAGCAUUUAUGACAGGGCUCGCGAAUUGUUCUAUUACUUGAAAGGGGGGCAGGUUGAUUAUGGGGAAGAACACAGCAAGGCUUGUGGCCACUCCCAAUUUGGAAGGGUGUAUGAGAAAGGGCACUAUCCUGAAUGGGAUGAGGAUCACCCUAUUCACUUUGUGGGGCAUUCCGCUGGAGCUCAGGUUGUUCGUGUUUUGCAGCAAAUGCUGGCAGCAAAGGCAUUCAAGGGACAUGAAAACACUUCAGAAAACUGGGUUUUGAGCAUAACUGCGUUAUCUGGAGCAUUCAACGGGACAACAAGGACUUACAUUGAUGGAAUGCAACCAGAAGAUGGCAGGUCUUUAAAACCUAUCUCUUUGCUUCAGCUGUGCCGCAUAGGUGUAAUUAUUUAUGAUUGGCUUGAUAUUUCUUGGCUAAAAGCCUACUACAAUUUUGGUUUUGAUCACUUCAACAUGUCUCGGAAGAAGAUUGGCGUUAGGGGUCUUAUUGACUGUCUCAUAGGAAAUGCUGGUCCAUUUGCAUCAGAAGAUUGGAUACUUCCAGAUCUAACACUUCAAGGGGCUAUAAGAUUGAACAGCCAUUUACGAACAUAUCCCAAUACAUACUACUUCAGCUAUGCUACCAAACGUACACGCAAAUUCAUGGGCAUUACAGUUCCUUCUGGAAUAUUUGGCAUACAUCCUUUAUUUUUCAUCAGAGUCCUGCAGAUGAGCCAAUGGCGGCUUCCUCCAGAUGUCUCUCCCCCUUAUAAAGGCUACAGGGAUGAAGAUUGGUGGGACAAUGAUGGAGCACUCAACAUUAUAUCCAUGACACACCCUCGUUUUCCAGUUGAACACCCAAGCUGCCAGGUUAUAAAGGAUUCUGAUUGCCAACCCUUGCAGCCAGGCAUUUGGUAUUAUAAGAUCGUGGAAGGCGAUCACAUUCUUUUUAUCAUCAACCGGGAAAGGGCUGGAGUUGAAUUUGAUUUGAUAUAUGACAGCAUCUUCGAACGCUGCAGAAAGCAUGCAUUUAGGAAAACUCCCAUCUUGCCGGACCAUGUACAGUAGCAGUUCAUACGCGUUGCUUUGGCUGUCAUAGAUAUGCCUAGGCUCAUAUAGAUUUAGAAUUAAGAGUAUCAACUAGAAUACUCUUUGGCAGUAGAUUCCUUCCUUCUCUUUUUUUGUCAUUUUUAUGGAAAAUGGUUGUAAAUGUGAACAGAUAUAAUUCCUGCCUUGUCAGAAAGUGGUAGUCCUGAUUACCGUCCAUCUUUACUUCCUAGUUUCUCUGUAAAUGACUUUGUAUCAGAAAUGCAUGCAAAUGACAGUAACAGUUCAUGACGUGCUUAAAUGCAGUGCAACCCUUUUAACCUUU